AUGAAGAUCCCCGCUACAUGGACCGAACGUGAUGUCAUCACUUCUUCUUCAUCAUCCUCUACUUCUACCAAACCGCAGCAGCAACAGCGCAAGCCACAACAAUGCCUGCGGUUUGCGCCAACCAUUGAAGUCGCUGAAAUCCCCAACCGCUUUGACUACAGCCGCGAAGAGAUUGAGGAUUCCUGGUUUCAAAGCCACGAGUACGAAGAGUUUCGGGAAAAUGCGUACAUGACGGUGGGGCUCUUUCGAGCGGGUCUCUUGCCAGGGGGUACUAGUAAGGACCACUGUAUGCGCGGACUGGAGUGCCGUUUGGUAGAAGUGGCGCGUGAACGGGAACAAACACGCUAUCAAGUCACUGCGGCGGUGUUGAAUGAACAAUACCGUCAAUACCGAUUGGGAUAUGUCUAUCCGCAGGCCAUUGCGGAUCUGUAUCAUGCGGUUUCCUGGAAAUCGCAGUACGGCGCUUACACACGCGCCAUGUUGGACGAACAAGAACAAGAGCAACUCAAAAAGACGUUCUACCACAAGAGCAACAGUAGUCGUCGUUCCGAUGCCAAGAAUGUCCUGCGUAAAGUCAUUGACAUUGAACGCGUCGACAACGAAUGGGGGAUGGACGCUUCCUGUUCUUCGCAGUCCAUUGCUACUAGCAGCGCCGAUUUUGACAUCAACUCUUUUUUCCAAGAGUUGACUAUUGCGGCGCAAUAA